CCCAUCUCCGCACUCCUUCACCGUCCCAACCGGCCGUGUUCAACCCUCCUCCAAUCCGCAAAGAUGGUUGCUAUGUACACUGUUUUUGGCCGCCAGGUCGGAUCGCACGUCGUACGUUUCCUUCCCUUCCAUUCGUCCUGGUCGCUGGAGCUCCGCGUCCCGCAUUGCCAUUGUCACUCCGCCUCUGCGCCUCCGUCCAUUGAGACCAGAAUCUUGCAAAUCUGGGGUCUCAGACGAAUGCCCAUGCUGCAAUUGGCAGAUCCGACGUGUCAAUGCGAUCGCAACCGGCAUACUACAGUUCUACCAAACAUAAACGAUACAAAACUGCUAACAUUCUCCCUUCCAGCUCGCCAUGGCCACCCUCGGCACGACCUUCGGCGGCGCCUGGCUCGCGAUGCGCGGCGGCAAGAAACCCGAGGAGCAGCAGACCCCGCCGCUAAACGCAAAGAGCAAGGAGGAGGAGACUUUUAUAAAGUACGUCGACUAUCCCGAGGAUCGGUCGCCGCCGGGUCGAGCCUAGCUAGCUAGCUUGGACGAAUUAUGUCAAUAAGGCCGAGGGCGAGAAGAAGCACUAAAACGUAUCCAUGCAUGUAUCGAAAUCGUCAUGCGAAGGAGCCGGUUAUGCGAAUUUGGGCUGCGACAUCGAGCGAAUGAGCCUGGGGUUAAGGGACGCGAUAAUCUGGCCGUUGGGGGGGGGAAGAGGAAGGGAUAUGUGUAGAUAACAGGAGCAAAUGUACCAACAGCAUGAUCGGUUUGCAUUCAGCGAAAUAGGCCCUUGCACUCUCGGAUUGCCCGUCUUUGUGUUCUAAAGUUCAUGUUCUUCCCGUUGGCACUGCUCCAUAUUCUAUGUGGCGAAGCUCUGAAUGAGUAACUUUGUACAUUAUAAAUAUGCCGAUGCCAAAGCAACUGCACGAGGACCCCAAUAUUUCUUACGCC